CCAUUUGAUCUAACCGAUUCGUGUUGACUCAUAUACUCAUCCAUAUUAUCUUUUUUUUUCAUCUGUACAAAUCCAUCGGCUCAGAAUAAUCCAUUAAAUCAUAAGAGAAGAGGGAUAAAACCAACAUGUCUCUAACGCAUGAUAUGGAUUUAGAGAAGAAAGAGACGAGUCAUAAUGAACUUCAGGAAGAAGAUUUGAAUAAAUGGGAUCGUCAACCUUUGAAAUUAAGAGGAAGUAAAUUGUUUUUAUUGGCUUUUUCAACUUUGGGUAUUAUUUAUUCUGAUAUUGGUACUUCACCACUUUACGUACUUAAUGGAAUAUGGUCAUCAAGUGGUCCCGCACCACCUGCUGAAGAUGUAUUAGGAGGUAUAAGUGCUAUUAUCUGGACAUUGACCAUUUUACCACUUGUGAAAUAUGUAAUUUUCGCACUCGAAUUCGAAACUUCAGCGGGAGAAGGAGGUCCAUUCGCACUUUACAUGUCACUCUUUCCUCCUUCUCCACCGGAAGAAGCCAGGUCAUUGACUGGGUUUUCAGAUACGAACGUUACUGAGAAAAAAGGUUUGAAAAGAUUUAAAUGGCCUUUAUUAGUAUGGGCUGUAUUUGGGACGGCUAUGACUUUAGCUGAUGGUGUUUUGACCCCGGCUGUAUCCGUCACUUCGGCAGUAGGAGGUAUAGCAGUAGCUAAAUCUUCUGUCAUACAUUCCGUCGUACCUAUCUCUUUCGCGUUUUUGUUGUUGUUGUUCGGUAUACAACCAUUUGGUGUAUCAAAGAUUUCAGUGGUCUUCUCUCCUAUCACUUUGAUCUACCUCUUACUAAUCGGAGCGACGGGGAUUUACAAUAUCACUUUUCAUCCUGCUAUCUUUCGAGCAUUUGAUCCUUCCAGAGCUGUAGCUUGGUUUGUUCGUACCAAGAACUAUGACGCCCUAGCAGGUGUUUUGCUAGCUAUAACAGGUUGUGAAGCCAUGUUUUAUUUCGACGUCGCUUAUCAUAGUCUGGGCCAAUUCAACAAAGCAGCGAUCAGGUUGUCGUUCACUACCGUAACAUACCCAAUGUUGGUGCUGGCUUACCUCGGCCAAGGUGCGAGAUUGAUACAUGAUGGUGAUGCCGUCAUUGGUAACUUAUUCUACCUCACCAUACCUGGUCCUACUGGUGGUGGUCUGUAUUGGAUCGUAUGGUUCUUUGCGCUUCUCGCUACUGUAAAACUGACCUUGAUAGCAAUGAUAACAGGUACUUUCUCCCUCGUCCAUCAAUUAGUCGGAAUGGGUGUUUUCCCAUCUAUCAGAAUAAAACAUACUUCGAUCCUUACAGCUGGUCAGGUAUAUGUUGGGAGUAUAAAUUGGUUAUUGAUGAUUGGUACCGUUGCUGUGGUAGGGGGAUUCGGAAGUAGUGCAGCUUUGACUUUAGCCUAUGGUUUCGCAGUAGCUUCAGUCUUAUUCGUCACCACGACCUUGAUAGCUCUAUCCAUCCCUUGUGUCAAACAUCUUCCGAUAUUCUUGGGUAUCGUUUGGUUGAUAGUUUUCGGUUUUUUCGAUGGGAUAUUUUGGGGUGCAAGUUUGAAAAAAGUUCCUCAUGGUGCUUGGUUCCCUUUAGCUUUAGGUGGUGCUUUAACCGCACUGAUGUGUCUCUGGCGAGCUGGUAGAGAAUUAGAACUUUCAUUCGAGGCCAACAAUCUUCACUCGCUUUCUUCCCUUAUCAUUCGAAAAUCCUCUCUUCCACCUUCUGUCACACCCACCAAAACAGGAACAAGAAAUCACCUUCAUUCAUCAUCACGUCUAGUCCGUGGUACGGGAUCACAAUCACAAUCGGAAAUUCAAAUCAUCGAGGAAGACCCUAGAAUGAUAUUAGGAUCAGAGGAUGAAGAUAUUCUUCUACUUUUACCUUCUGAACCUAACGAAUCACCCGUGGUUUUGGAGAGAAUACCUAUAAUGGCUGUAUUUCAUAGGAAUGAUGAAGGUGCUAAAGGUGUUCCACAUAGUUUUGGUAGUUUUUUGAGAAGUUAUCCCGCUUUACCGGAAGUGGUUAUCUUCCUCACCACUCGUUCUGUCGGUGUCCCUCACGUAUCUUUGAACGAUAAAUACAAAGUCAAUAAAGUCCGUUCUCUCCCCGGAUUCUAUAGUGUUUCCAUGCGCGUCGGGUAUUUGGAUUUACCAACCCCCAACAUUCCGGACCUUUUACCUUCACUCUUGGCAUUAGAACAAUCCCCAUUCACAUCCCCCAGCGAUUCCAUCGGUAAGCACACGACCACCGAGAGGGAAAACAUUCAAGAACGUAAACGUCGGAUUGAAGAAUCGGCUAAAAAUGUCACUCAUGUGAUUCCCAGUUACAUCCUCACUUCUCGGAAUCGUAAUCCUUCUCAGAAUCACGGAGUGGUAGGGAUGAUCCAAAAAACUUGGGAGUGGGGUUGGGGGAAAAUUAGAAAAGUUUUAGUGGAAGAUGUUUAUGGAUUAGCAAGGGAAGUGUUUAGGGAACAAGAAUGGGAAAGAGGGGAAGAGAGGAUGGUACAUGUUUCUGUACCUGCUGCUAUUUGAGGUUUUCACUCGGUUAGCCCUGGUAGUCGGAUCCUCUACGUCGUAUCGCUAUUACUUCCCAAUCUCUGCAUCGACAUCCAUCGACAUCCAUCUUCUUCAACUAAGUACCCCACUUGCUGACUUCAACUUUUGUCGACUACCGAUUAUUCUAUCUCUUGACUUUAACUUGAACCUUCAUCUCUGUUCGUAUCUUCCACACUUCACUUCUGAACAUUCCCAACCCUCCCUCUCCUGCUUGUCUAAGCCUUCAUUUUAGUUGUAGGUGUGAUCGAUAUCAGAUAUGUCAGACUUUAGAUAGCUUUUCAGGAGACGUACAUUCCAGUAUAUAGAUAUGAUGUUAUAUGUAUGAGUAGAUCUUCAACUUUGAGCAUGAGUAUG